AUGGCCCCUCACCUCUUGCCCAAAACUCGAGCCCAAAUUGUUGCUCUUUGUGAGAAUGGGGCUUCUAUUUACAAAAUUGCCCAUCAAUUCCUCCAGCUUCACAAUAUCCGUAUUCACCCCUCAACAAUCAGCCGCAUCUGCAAGCGUUAUUGUAAAACGCGUAGUUUCUACUCAAGUAACUCCAAGGCUGGUCGCCCACGCGUUUUGAAGCAUGCAGAUGCGCGAUUUGCCAUGCUUCAGAUGGCUCGCACUCGGGGGUCAAGCGUGGCAAAGAUCCAACGGGAAUAUUUCCCAGAAGUUUCCGCCAAUACAGUCCGGCGUUGCCUCCGCAAACUUGGUAUUUAUGCUUAUGCUCGCCGUCGUGUCCCCUUCCUCAAUUCUCAUCACCAACGGGGCCGUUUGGCAUGGGCUACAGACCAUGCAGCCUGGUUGGAACGUGAUUGGCGCCGGGUCAUAUUCUCUGAUGAAUCAAAAUUCAACCUUUUUGGGUCAGACGGCCGCCGUUAUGUUUGGAGACGUCAAGGGCAAGAGUACAACCCCCGUUACACUCAAAAAAUGGUCGAACACGGCGGGGGAAGUGUGAUGGUAUGGGGGUGCAUCACCCGGAAUGGUCCCGGGCGUCUUCAUCUCAUUGAGGGCCGCAUGACGGCUCGCGUAUACACCCAGAUACUUGAAGAGGAACUUCUUGGGACCCUUGCCAACUACCACCUCUCAAAACGCAGUGUUCUCUUUCAACAUGACAACGAUCCCAAGCACACUGCCAAACACACAACCAAAUGGCUUGCCAACAAAUCACUUUCAACCUUUCCCUGGCCCUCCAAUAGCCCCGAUAUGAACAUAAUUGAACAUGUCUGGGACUAUUUGGAUCGUCAGGUGCACUUACGCAGCCCACCCCCUCAAAAUACAAAGGAGUUGUACACUAUGCUCAAGGAGGAGUGGAAUUGCAUCCCCAUGGAUUUCAUUAAUCAAUUGUAUGAUUCUAUGCCUCGUAGGUUAGAUGAGCUUAUUGUUGCAAAAGGUGGAAACACACAUUAUUAA